GAGUCACUUCCGAAGAGAGAACCGCCAUGAAGAGAGUAGGGGGUGCCGCCCACCUCUGCACCGACAGCCUCCCCGAGUCCCAGCAGCAAGACGGCAACCACGCACCCAGCUUCUCCAUUCACAGCUCAUGCCGCCGUCGCCAGCGGCGCCGACAUGACAAGGCGCUGCAUGCCCGCUAGGCCAGGUUUCCCCUCAUCCCCAGCCCCAGGGUCGUCGCCCCCGCGCUGCCAUCUGAGACCCGGUAGUACCGCCCCUGCUGCAGCGGGAAAAAGAACAGAAAGUCCUGGGGACAGGAAACAAUCAAUCAUAGAUUUCUUCAAGCCAGCUUCAAAACAAGACAAACAUAUGUUGGAUUCUCCACAAAAAUCAAACAUCAAAUAUGGAGGAAAUGGAGUAUCCAUCAAUGGGACAGAACAGUUUGAAAGGAAAUUAUCGUCACCAAAAAAACCCAAACCCAAAAGAAUGUCAUCAGAAGAAAGUCCUAUUUUAGAAGCUUUCAUGAAAGGUGGUAAAGAGCACCACAAAGAUCAUGGUGUACAUGAGUCACAUCGGCCUUGUAUGUCAGUAGGCUCCAAAUACUUACUUAAAGGAGCAGGUAUGUAUGCUCCUUCCUCUUAUCGAUUGUCCAAAGAGAUGAAGGCACGCAAGAAAAAACACCGGUCUCCAGAGAGAAGGAAGUCACUGUUCAUUCAUGAAAGUAACAGGGAGAAAAAUGACAGAGAUCGAGGAAAGACCAGUGAAGACUCCAGAAAGCAGGCCCAAGUGACAGAAGGUGACAUCUUCAAGAACAGCUCCAGAAGCGUUAGUAGCAGAAGCAGUCUGUCCCGGCACCACCCAGGAGAAAGCCCCCUGGGAGCAAGGUUCCAGUUGUCAUUAGCUUCUUACUGCCGAGAACGGGAGCAGAAGAAGUUGAGAAAGGAACAAAUGGAGCAGAGAAUCAACUCAGAAAAUUCUUUCUCAGAAACAAGCAAUCUUUCCUUAAAAUCCUCUAGUGUAGGGAAAAAAUGUAAGCCAAGGCAUGAGCACAGCAAACAGAACGAUGCUGUACCCGGGAAGAGUAAUCUGUCAAAUCUGGAAAAUGGACAUCUCUCAAGAAAAAGAUCAUCUUCAGACUCAUGGGAACUUUCAGGCUCUAAGCAGAAUAAACUCUCCGACAAAAGAAAAAGGAACUCUGUGGACUCAGAUCUGAAAAGCACAAAAGAAUCUAUCAUACCAAAAGCAAAAGAGUCCUUCCUAGAGAAGCGUCCAGACAUAUCACAUCAGAAGGAAAAGUUUAUAAGACACAUUGCACUGAAGACACCAGGUGGUGUUCUGCGUUUGGAAGAUAUAGCCAAGGAACCUGAUGAAGAAACAGAGCGUUCUUCUGCAGACUUGGCACCUUCAAAUUCUGGCCACCAUUCUUCCAGGAAUAGUGAUCAAGUCCACGCAGCAAGUACCAAAGAGACUAAAAUACAGAAGCCCCACUUACCUUUACCUCAGGAAAAAUCUGCAAUUAAAAGAGCUAGCAACCUUCAGAAAAGUAAAACAGCUGGCUCUGUGCCAUCAAAAGAGACAAAACUACCUUUACUUUCCCAUGUUCCAAGUGCUGUUUCCUCUCGAGUACCAUUAAAUGCUAAAAAUUGCACUCUUCCAGUUCCUAAAAAAGAUAAAGAGCGUUCCUCCUCUAAAGAACAUUCUGGGCAUUCUGCAGAAUCCUCCAAACACAAGGAACACAAAGCAAAGACUAUUAAGGCUGUUUCUAAUGAAUCUUCAGGGAAAAGUUUUGGGGGAUCUUUGCAUUCAGAGUUCAGCCCUCCUACAGAGUCUCCCCCAGCUGCCUUGGAAGUUGUGCCACGUGUCCCAAGCCCUGCAGCGCCUUUAGAUAAAGAGAGUUCAGGAAAUUCCAAUGCAGGUAGCAGUGCACUGACAAGGAAAUUCAGUGGUGAUUUUGAUAGUGAUGAAGAAAGUUUAGGUUACAACUUAGAGAGCGAUGAGGAAGAAGAAACAUUAAAAUCGCUGGAAGAAAUAAUGGCUUUGAACUUCAACCAGACUCCGCCAGCUUCAGGAAAGCCUCCUGCCUUUUCCAAGGGCCUUAGGUCCCAGUCAUCAGACUACAUAGAAUAUUCUCAGAGUGGAACUUAUACAAAUACUUUAGAGCGUCUUGUAAAGGAAAUGGAAGACACACAAAGGCUAGAUGAACUGCAGAAGCAGCUACAGGAAGACAUAAGACAAGGCCGGGGCAUUAAAUCUCCUAUCAGAAUUGGUGACCAGGACAGUACUGAUGAUGAGGAUGGCCUCUUGGAAGAACACAGGGAAUUUCUAAAGAAAUUUUCAGUUACAAUUGAUGCUAUUCCUGAUCAUCAUCCAGGUGAAGAAAUAUUUAAUUUUCUCAAUUCUGGAAAAAUUUUCAAUCAGUAUACCUUAGAUUUAAGAGACUCUGGUUUUAUCGGAGAAAGUGCUGUGGAAAAGCUUAUUCUCAAAUCAGGAAAAACAGAUCAAAUUUUUUUGACAACACAAGGCUUCCUUACCUCUGCAUACCACUAUGUCCAGUGUCCUGUACCUGUGUUAAAGUGGCUGUUUCGGAUGAUGUCAGUUCACACAAAUUGUAUUGUGUCGGUACAGAUUUUAAGUACAUUGAUGGAAAUAACCAUUAGAAAUGAUACUUUCAGUGACUCACCAGUUUGGCCCUGGAUCCCAUCGUUGUCUGACAUAGCAACUGUGUUUUUAAACAUGGGCAUUGCCUUUGGAUCGUUGUUUCCUCUGGAGACUCUUCAGCCAGAUUUUAAUGAAGACAAUCUAAUUUUGGAAACACAGAAAACUCUGGGGGGAAGAGGAAGCGAAGAUUCAUCUUGUAAUCCCAUUUUUUCAACACUUCCUGAAACCAACAUUUUAAAUGUAGUUAAGUUUCUAGGCUUGUGUACAUCUAUACAUCCAGAAGGCUACCAAGAUCGAGAAAUAAUGUUGUUAAUUUUAAUGCUAUUUAAAAUGAGUCUGGAAAAAGAGCUGAAACAGAUUCCAUUAGUAGACUUUCAAAGCCUCCUGAUAAAUCUUAUGAAAAACAUCAGAGAUUGGAACACAAAGGUGCAUGAACUCUGUGUGGGCAUAAAUGAACUAUCUAGUCAUCCGCACAACCUUCUGUGGUUGGUGCAGCUGGUCCCUAACUGGACAUCUCGUGGAAGGCAACUGAGGCAGUGCCUCAGUCUGGUGAUUAUUUCAAAGCUUUUGGAUGAAAAACACGAAGAUAUCCCUAAUGCCAAUAAUCUUCAGAUCUCAGUCCUACAUCGCUAUCUAGUGCAGAUGAAGCCUUCUGAUUUGUUGAAGAAAAUGGUCUUAAAGAAAAGGGCUGAACAACCAAAUGGAACAAUUGAUGACAGUCUUCAUUUAGAACUUGAAAAGCAGGCAUAUUACCUGACCUAUGUUCUACUUCAUUUAGUUGGGGAAGUUAGUUGUUCUCAUUCUUUUUCUUCUGGACAACGGCAACAUUUCGUGCUGCUUUGUGGGGCUUUGGAAAAGCAUGUUAAAUGUGAUAUUAGGGAAGAUGCAAGGCUUUUCUACAGAACUAAAGUGAAAGACUUGGUUGCCAGGAUACAUGGAAAAUGGCAGGAAAUAAUCCAGAACUGUCGGCCUACUCAGGGGCAGCUUCAUGACUUCUGGGUGCCAGAUUCUUAACAGGAGUACAGCAGCAGAAAUACAAGGCGAGAAGGACCUUUCCAAGAGGGUUACUGUGGGAUCCAGCAGAUGCUAUGGAACAUAACAGUAUGAAGAGGCUGGUAAUGAAGACUUCGCCGUGUCUGAAGCAGAUAUGAAAUGCCAUCUGCAGCUUGACCUUAGAGGAAAGAACGGGGAGCCUAUAAGAGAAGGGUAGGGGUAGACACAGCUGGUAGAAGAACCCAGCCUGCCCCUCCUAGCGCCCCUUGUUAAGUUUUCAGCAAUUAUCUUGGUAGGUGACUUCAUAGCACUCAGACCAUCACAGAAAAUAAAGAGGAAAAGUGUGGGCCAACUUGAGGAGUUGGACAUUGAAACGAAGGCCGGGGUCCAGCUGGUUUUCAUUUUCCUUUUGGUUAUUUUAGGAUACAAAGGGAAAGCCUAGAAUAGAGUUCUGUAAUCAGAAGUCUGGGACCAUAAACCAUAGGCAGUUUCAGUUCAUACAUUGUCCCUUUACUAGUCAAGAUUAUAAAUCUGAAGUCUUUAAAUCUGUUUAAAGUCAGUUAAGGAACAGACAUGCUGUCAGAUUGCCUAGAGGAAGAGAUAAGCUACAAAGUAGUAGCCGUUUUAAAAAUGCCAGAACAUUCAUAGGCAGUUUGUUUAGGAUUUCUUGUAAAUGCAUAUAUUUUUAAAAUCUGAUUUAAUCAUAAAAUCUUAGCUAAGUCAGAAUUCUGUCCAUUGGUAACUAUAUUACAGAAGUCUCUGUAUAAAGACUUAAAAAAUCUGGAAGUUUCCAAAAACCUUGUUCCCACGAGUAUAAUUUAGCAGAGACCUUGAUGAUGUUUAUUUUGGGGACACUGUGUAUGUGUGUGUAUGUGUGUGUUCGCUCGAGCGUUUGUAUCUUGAAGUUGUUGCACUUGAAAACCACAGCUGCUCUAAAUUCUUUUAAACACUGGAAAGCCAUCCUCUAGUUUAGAUGGUAGAGGUUAGAGCUGCACACGCUAGAUUGAGCCUGAAGCCCUUUGAAACCUUUGGUAGUAACACUCUUGCAGCCCAUUGGCUGUCUGGGGAGGGUUUGCUUGUUCUUUGAAAACUGGCUUGAGUGACUUGCUCCCCCCUGAGCAUGCUAAUGGCUAUGUGGGUCCAGGUUGGGUUAGAAAGGGAACUGGGCUCAAUGUUUAUGCUUUGAGAGGAGAAAAUAAAUUCUGAGAGCUAACUUUCUACCUCUAAAUUGAGGCUUAGGAAUAAAACCAUUUUAUCUUAAAUUUAUCAUUUAAAAUAGCAGUAGCUUUUGAGCUCAUGUCAAGCAUUGGGCAGUUAGAGAUCUUACAGGGAAGACUAAAUCAAAUUUUCAAGCUCUGAGGCUGAUCAAGGCUCCAAGAGUCAGACCAACAAAAAGUUUUCUUCUGUGUUGAGUUUACUGGUAAGAAUAGUAUCUUGAUGCUACCUCUCAAGGGUAUUGUUACAAAAUGCCACUAUGGUUAAAGAGAUAGAUACAAAGAGUUGUAUUUGACAGAAGCUUGAAACUCUGGCAUCUAUCUGCCCAACAAUGGGGGCUUUCACUCUGUAAUUUAAUACCUUGUAGAUACAUUAUUUGUGUGUAAUUUUAUAAGUGUUCAUAUUUUUCUCAUUUUGCAUUGUGUAAAGUGUACAAAAAUCUCAAAAUAUAAAAAUCUGCUUAUAUUGCUUGUAAUUACAGUGUGUAAAUAUUUUCUAUUGUGUACAUUGACGGGGACAAGUGGGUUAUUCAGGUUUUUAAGUGACCCUUUUAUAUUGCAAUUUCAACUGAUAACCACCCAUCAAAUUUAAAACCACUUUGAUACAUUCUUAUUUAGCAGUUCCAAUAAGAGUAAAAUCUAUUUUCAAUUGUCUUUCUCCAAUGAGAGAAAAAUACUUUGUCCUUCCCUUUAAAAUAAAUGGCCAGACAUCAGUUUAGGCCCUUGUAUUCAUGACUCUGGUAGCAACCUUCAGUCUCCAGGUCAUAGUACAGUCAGUAUUUGCAUUUGGGUUCUCAUAGAAAUUUAUGAUUCUAUUUUAGCACAAGUAGUUCAUGGUUUUUUUUUCCCAAAUCAAGUAUUUUCCGUCCUUCUGAGUCCCCAUGCUUUGUCUCCCUCCAGCUGUUGUUGCCCAAAUAAUGGGAUGGUAGAGAGGGAGAAAAUGCUCAUUGCACAAAGACUGUCAGGCCACAUUUGGUACUUGGCAAACAAAGCUUGCACUGAGUGGUGGUGUGUUUGGCAAUCUUACUGUGCCAAAAAUCACCUUGUCUAAUUUUCUUGUUGUGUAUGUCAAACUUAUUACCCUUACUGCAAGCUGAAAAUUAAAGUACUUGUGUUUAUGCUUUUAUGUGUAGCUGUUUGCCUUUUCUAACCUGCUUUUCUUGUUAUCUGAAAUACAGUUCUGUAAUAACGUUACGUGAAGAGGCUUCGCGCACAAAUCAUCUCUGUAGCACUAAAGUCAGCAUUUGUGCAUUUUUUUGUCCUAUCUCCUGAUGGCAGUGGUGCCUUUGUCACCUUUUGGAAGGUUGGCAUUUUGUUCUUGUUUUGAGUGCAAGUAGUAGCUUGCUUUUGACUUCACAAAAAAUAUAUAUAUAUAUCCCCAGUAAGUGAUAAGUAAGAUAGUGUGUUACCAUCCAGGCUCUGUUGAAGCAUUUGGUUUUUUGUUUGUUUGGUUUUGGUUUUUUGUUUGUUUGUUUUCCCUCGAUCAAAAUAGAGUUGAUGGGGACUGGCCAGUAAUAAUGUGUGGAGUCUUUAAACCAAGAGUAAUUUUUUUACAUUUUAAAAGUGAUUCGUUGAUAAGCAGCUGAGUUCAGAGAACUGACGUGGCUUGUCUCUCAGGAGGCAGCCAAUCUCAAUGGUGCAGGCAGGCACACCUCAUCAGCUGUGUGUCGGUUGUCCUGGGGCAUUCUUGCCAGCCAGUUCAUCUACUAGCUCUUAGGCAGUAAAUGCAAUGUUUCCUCUCUUCCCCCUCCUUUCUUUGAGAUUUUAUACUAUGUCUUGUUUAAAGUUCUCUAAAUGUAUGUGUAUGUGUCAUUAAAACUUUUUUUCUCAGUUUAAA